UGAGAGUAUAAUGUACAGCAGAGCUUAGCACGUUGGAUGAAAUAACCGGUCCAAUGCGAUUCUCGAAGUGAAUUUUUGGACGUGCUCUCUCAUGUCCCCCCACGUCCACUACUAAGGGCCUCUUUGUUCUCGCGACUCGAUGCUUGUGGUUGAGCUUCACCUCAGGUCCUCUCCUCCCCGCUACUCUUCACGUACAUCUAGCUUCUUUCCUCUGCAUGGGUUGACCACAAUCUGAACACAAAACCACAGUUUAAUCGCCAGCAUAAAUCAACUGGAAACCCAUCUCUACCCCUCCACUGGGAUAUGGUCCUUGUCACUACAAGAUGGCACUGACAUCAACUGUCGCGAACGGCGUCCCGAACGGGGCGAUGUCUCAAGGUGCUGAUGCACGGUACACCCCCAACUAUGAGUACAGCCUGGGAACCCGUCGGCAAAAAAAUGAUCAUGUCACCUUGUCUUAUGAAGAAUUUGACACCAAAGCCCACCCCCCGGUCAACGCCGACACCCAUGAGUUCCAGGAGGGUGAAUUCAUUCCUGAUGGCUUCUUCAACCGAGUCGGACCGGCAUGCUUCACAAUCCCACCCCCUAUUUUUCAAUGGACAUAUGAGUACCGCAGACGAGCUCAAAUCAUGCUACCUUUUCUCUACCUAGGCCCCUGGGGCUGCCUCGCCGACCGCGGCCGACUCGCCGAGUUAGGCAUCACGCUGCUCUUAGCCAUACGCGACAAGCGACUCGCCAUGGCUAGUCUCGUCAGCGGCAGAAGAGCGGCAGAGGAUUUGCAGAUCGAAGGAAACACCGUCGACUUUGCGGACAGCCAAGAACUUAUCACGAUUCUACCGCGUCUAAUCAACUACAUCAACUCUCAUAUCUCGUCGCCCUCUUCCCCAGCGCGGAGCGGCCGUACCCAGAGAAAGGUCCUGCUCUUUUGCGAGACGGGAAAUGGACCCUCGGCUGCGGUAGCGAUAGCGUAUGUCAUGGUGAUGCUCAAUAUCACCCUGCCACAAGCUCUACAAUAUGUCUCUUCGCGCCGGUUCUGUAUCGAUGUGGAUGACUCGGCAUCGCAGCUGUUGUUGUCCUUUGAGAGCAUUCUCAACGCCAAGCGGGAUGUUGAAAGAGCCAGGCGGGCUAACAUGGCGCAAAGUACUGCGGUCAGCAAUGUGGGUCGCAAACGGGAUGCCACUGAAUUUGACAUGGUGGAUGGAGAUGGAGAUGCUAUGGCGGUGGAAGCGGGGGAGUCGGGAGAGGACGAUAGAAGACCACUGGCUCCGUUUGAGGAUCGGUCAGGAUGACAUACAUUGGCGGAAAUCCUUAGCGAAGGCAAGCAAAGAUGACUGAGGUCACGGCUGCAUGAGAAUACUGUGCUAUCCCUGAGUUUGAUUAUGUCGUUCUACUCUUGUGGAAAAUCUCAUGCGAAUCUUCUGUUUUAGUAGACCAUGAAGCGCCUGGAAUUGAAAAUGGAAACAGAUGUCGU